AUGGCCGAUCGACCGAUGGGAUAUCUCGCCAGCCAUCUCAACGAACCUCUCCUCAAGCGCUCAGCAAAAGUCGAGCCGACAACCAGCAAGCAGCACCGCUCCUCAGAAGUGCCACCUAUGAAGCAGCCCUUUGUUUUUCCGAACCCUCUCCUCCGUGAGGCCAGGCGGCCGGCCAAGCUGCAGCUCCCCCAGAGCCUCCUCGCGGCGCGCCGCGUCGGUCCCGCCCCGGCGGCCCUGAAGCCGCCGAGCAGACCGUCUGUACGCGAGCAGCUGCUCCGGGGCGUGUCCGCGGAUCUCAGUCGUCUCCAGGCGAACCCGGCGUUGUUCAACCGCGUGUUUCCGCCCCCACUGCCCGCCGUGGCCGCGACCAAAUCGAAGCGCGCGAGAGAAUCUACACAUAAGCUGCUAGUCCAGCUGCACACCGAGGGUGCUACCGGCAUAAGCGCCGAGGAACAAGAAGCUAGGCGGUUCGAGAGCAAGAUGCGGAGCGUGUGGGUGCAAACCUCUGAUGCCACAACGAGAAAACAUAGCCAUCGGAUGCAGCGCGCGCUGCAACUUUCGACGUGCGACCAGUUGCCGUUUGAGAAGCUCCCCGAGGCGGGCGUCGCCUCGCAGAGGAUGCGCGGCCACCGAGGCAGGGCGAGCCAAAUGCCAUCGGCUUUGUCGCGCGAGUUACGAUGA